AUGGUCCGCCUCUUCUCCGCCCUCACCGCCGGCGUUGCCCUCCUCGCGGCCUCGUCCGCCGUCGCCGUGCCCGACGCUGAGGCCGCCCUCGGCUCGUCCGACAUCACCAUCCCCUCGCACGUCGAGGCCCGCGCGGCCAACCUCCAGGACCGUACCUUCUACAACCCGGUCGCUCCUCCCUUCGUCGGCUGCCAGUACCUUUGGGACAUUAACGGCGGCUACGUCUUCCUCAAGUUCUUCCAGACUGCCGCCAGCUGUACUGCCGAGUGUGGCGCCCGUGGCUACGGUGCCGCCCACUUCUGCUCCCUCCUCGGUGCAUGCAAGUGCUCGGCCGGCGGUAACACCGGCAACGUGUACGCUUCUGGUUUCCCCCAGAGCUGCCCCCUGCUCUCGUACACCUCGUACGCUACCCGCACUCCCUUCGUCUGGCGCGGCUGCCCCUGGUCGAUCGGAUGGAACCCUCUCGACCCCCGUGGCCCCGGAAACGAGCCCGCCACUGCCAGCGACACCCCCGGUGGUGCCGCCUGUCUCCAGCGCUGCGCUGGCUUCCGCUUCGCCGUCACUCUUCCUGGCCGUCUUGGUAUCCCCUACAUUGGCUUCAAGCCUCCUCUCCGCUGCGUCUGCAUCAACUACCCCCCUGUCCUCGCCGGUAACCGUUGUGCCACCAACUCGUUCUUCUUCUACGAGGGCCCUGGCGGUGGACCCAUCCCCUCCGGCAACGGCCGUCGCCGCGCCGAGGAGAAGCGCCUCGCCGAGCAGAUUGCCCUCAUCGACGCCCACCCCCACUGCCCUGUCGGCAAGGACGCUUGCAACGUGUCCGAGAACCCGGAGGACGGCUACGAGUGCAUCAACACCGACACUGAGCUCGAGUCGUGCGGUGGAUGCAAGUACGGCUACUACUCUAACGUCGCCGCCAACUCGACCUACACCUUCUCCCAGGUCGCUCCUGGUGUCAACUGCGCCCAGCUUCCCAACGUUGCUCGCGGUGCCGCCACCUGCCAGGAUGGUACUUGCAAGGUCACGGCCUGCAAGAAGGGCUUCCAGCUCCUCCACGGCAACUGUGUCUAA